GUGGUGGCAUUUGGGGCUGCACUAGUGCUGCUCAGACUGGGGAAGGUGUGGUAAAUUGAGAGGAAACAUGAAUUCCAACAUAAAUGUUACAUUGUGAAGCCGAGUAUCAUCCCCUGCCUUUGACUUCUUGAGUUUAAUGAUGCGCAACAGCUCGCAUAUCAUGCAUUGCCUUCUGGGAAUUGACAUCAAAGUAUCCGCACAUCAAACACAUUUUACUCCUACAUGUUGCCAACUUUUUUUUUCUUUUUUUUUUAACUUCAAACCCAGCACAUUUUUUUCAGUCUUUUCACAAGAUAAUUGUGGCCCUGUUUACACUGCACACCAAAUCUGAUAUUUUUGCCCUAAGGUGACACAGAUCGGAUAUUUCUCGCCAGUCUAAACGCUCAAAUCUGACCGUUUUGCAUCCGAUUCAGCCCACGUCAAGAAGUAGUCAGAAACUGAUUGGAAUCUGAUCUUUUCAUAUGUGACUUUAGUAUAAAGGGAAAUGUGUCCUGAAUGCGCCAUGAAACCGCUAGUGGAAGUGGAUACUGUCACGCUUGGGUCGCAUUUUACUGCGCGGAUCGUUCUCCCAGGAUGCAGCAGGAACUCCGGAGGCAAGGUGCAGACAAGAUGAACCUGGAGGAGUACUUCCAAAGAAUCGGCUUCCGCAGCCCACGGGACAAAGCGGAUCUGGCCACACUGAAGCUGAUCCACAAGCAUCACGUCAUGUCGAUCCCCUUCGAGAACCUCAACAUCCACUGCAGCGAGAGGAUCAUCAUGGACCUGGAGGUCAUCUUCGACAAGAUAGUGAGACGGAACCGUGGCGGAUGGUGCCUUGAGAACAACUUCCUGUUUUCCUGGGUGCUGAGGGAACUGGGCUACGGCCCGACCAUGUUGUCCUCCAGGGUUUUCAGCGGCUCCGCCGGGGAUUUUGGACCCUACGACAGUCACCUCGUCAACAGGGUGGACAUUGAGGGCGUGGCUUACAUAGCAGACGUGAGCUUCGGGGUGUCGUCGCAAAUAUGGGAGCCGCUGCAGCUCGUCCACGGGAAAGAGCAGCCUCAGGCGGCCGCAGUGUUCCGUCUCCUGGACAAGGGAGAGUUCUGGGUUCUAGAGAAAACGAGCAGAAAGCCGGUGAUCCCCAACCCGGAGUUCGCCAGCACCAGUCUGGUAAACAGGAAGUUGACAAAGACGCUGUACUGCUUCACAAUGACGCCCCGUGCGCACGAGUACUUCUUAGACGUCAACGAUACGCUUCAGACGGACCCGAGCACGCUCUUCACCAACAAGUCCAUCUGCUCCUUACAAACACCCUCGGGUUUCAGGGCCCUGAUUGGCCGGACCUACAGCGAGGUGGCCUUCAAACCAGAGGACGGCGUCGACGUCUUCGAUAUGAGGGAUGUGCCCGAAGACGAGGUAGAGCAGGUUCUGAGGGAGAAGUUUAACGUCCGCUUGCCAAACAAACUACAACCUGUCAACAACACAUAUUCGUACACACUCUGAGGCCGUUAUUCCCAGGGGCGGAGCACCAAAUUCUGGGCCCCCAUACACAAGACUCCUAUAGGGCCCGCCCUAAACCCAACGCCACCGCCCCAUACUCACACCCCUGGUAUAUUUACAUGCACUAAGAACUAAAUAUUGCAUGGAUUAGGUUGGAACCAGCUUUUUAAAACACAUGUAAAAUGAGGUUUUGGACUUUUUGAAGAUGGGAUUUACAUAUCUAGAACAUAUCUAGAAUUGAUCUCGAUAAACCCACAAAAUAUUUAUUUUUUUUACAGAAAAGUGCCAACACAUUUAAUGUUAAGUGGCCAGUAUAUAAUUUAAAAUAUUCAUUGAAACCCGCCCAGCAGGCACAAGACUUUAAAACCUAGGUGUCAAAGUCAAGGCGCGCGGGCCAAAUCCGGCCCGCGAAUUAAUAAUCUUAGUAUUAGUCUCAGGUUCAAAAACUGAUGACAUCAUUGAACAAGACAAGAAGCAAAGAAUCAAACAGAGGCAGAAUUCAAUUUUGCUCAAUUGAGGAGAAACGUGUCAACCUGUAACUUCUUACAGUGUCACCCACGCUCUGACGAAAAAGGUUUACGUCUCCUCCUUUAUUUGGACACUCCCUGUUUACACAACAACAUCUGCUUCCAAAGGAAUAGGGAGUAUGUAAACAGUCAUUGUUUUCGGUCACAUUGAAAACAAAAGAAUAAGAUGCCUCGGGCUUGGGCUGGUCCUGGAUUCAGCUUGAGCAGGUCUUCGGUGACAAUAGAUAACCCCCUCCCAUCUCCUCCCAUCGUACACAAUGGAAUUUUCCAAGCCUUUGCUUGGUGCAACAAAGACAGCCUCUUGUCUGUUCAUUGGGAACUCAGAGAACGGAAAGUUUUUUGAUAACUUACAUACAAUUUUUCUGACAAUUAGAACCGGCCCGCAGGCCACAGCCGCCCGUUGCUGUUUUGCACGUUCCAAUAUUCCAUUCCCCACAAUGCAACGGUAGCCCGCAAACUCACUACAGCACCGCAAGUGGGCCUCGGCUUCAUUAUUCAUCAGCAUUCAGGGCAGAUGUCAACUUUCAGCAACCCCCCUCCGCAAUAAUGGCUAAACGGAAGGUGGACGGUGAGAACAGGGAGUUUCAAGCCAGGUGAGAGGCAGAGUACAUGUUCACGGAGGUAAAAGGCAAACCUGUGUGGAGAAAGUAGUGUUGUCCCGAUGCCAACAUUUUGGUACCGAUACCAAAAUUGUUUCGAUACUUUUAGGUACUUUUUGAUACUUUUCUAAGUAAAGGGGACCACAAAAAAUUGCAUUAUUGGCUUUAUUUUAACAAAAAAAAUUAGGGUACAUUAAACAUAUGUUUCUGAUUGCAAGUUUGUCCUUAAAUAAAAUAGUGAACAUACAAGACAACUUGUCUUUUAGUAGUAAGUAAACAAACAAAUGCUCCUAAUUAGUCUGCUGACAUAUGUAGUAACAUAUUGUGUCAUUUUCCAUUCUAUUAUUUUGUCAAAAUCAUUAAGGACAACUGGUAGAAAAUGAUAUGGGGAUAGGUUUCUUGGCAACACUAAAUUGGCCCUAUUGUGUGUCGUCUCAAUUUACAAAUAUUUUGCAACGGCUGCGAUCAGGUGGCGACUUGUCCAGGGUCCACCCCGCCUUCUGCCAGAAUACAGCUGGGAUAGGCUCCAGCACCCCCGCGACCCCGAGAGGGACAAGCGGUAGAAAAUGGAUGGAUGAAUGGCUGCAAUGUUGUUUUAAAGGGCUUGUAUGUAUAAUCAAUGUUGUGCCAAUGUCUUGUACCUGCUGGGUGUUCACUUUAAUAUCAUUAUAAAUCUGUCAAAUAUUCCUUUACUUCAGAUUAUAAAGUAGAAAUGAGCUGAUACACAUACAAUUAUCAGUGGAUAAUACAAAUCAUAAUAAUACCUCAUUAUUAUUAACAGCAUGAUUAUUUUAUUAUCAGUGCAGGGUUAGAGCUCCCUGUCUUUAAAACCUAGUAACGCCUCUGUUUCUUACUUUAAGAGAGGGUCCUUGAACGCACCAAUGUUAUGUGCAGUGAGGUGCAAAAGGGAAGCUUGUUCAAAACUUUCUUCUUUGCUACACAUAUAGAUUUUAUUCUAUUGUUACCUUUCUUCCAUCACCUUAUCCUUGUUACAAAAUGCAGGUGCUGUGUGUGUGAAUGCUUAAAGAUGAACUUUGAUGACUUUAUGACGUCUGUGUUGAAUGACGUGUGAGAAGUUAGGAACGAACCAUUUUGCAUUUUUUGAUAGGGGGUGUGUCAACCAUCUGAUGCCAUUAAUACUACAGAAUAAGUCACUUUUUAUGACAUUUUUGCUUGGUUGUGUGCAACAUUUUUUUAAUGUAAACUAUGUGCUUCACCCUCAUUUUAGUAACAACUUGGAAAUACAGUAGUACAUCAAUUUACUGUACGUGUACGUAUUGGUUCUCUGACAGCGCAUUUAACUCAAAACACUUGAAAUUAAUUGAAAUCUAUUUAAUUGUUGCCAGCCCCACCCCGAAAAACAGCACAAUUCUAACAUGUAAGAUGCCUUUUAAAAAGAAAAAGAAACUUUUAGAUAAAAAUAAUACAUUAGAAUAGUAGUACAUAGGGCUGCAGCUCUAUUGAUUAGUUUGUUUAAUUGAGUAAUGUGAUAAAAUGCACAUUUUUGUAAAAA